GUGUAGAAGUUUGCCCUGGACCAAUUUAUUCCAAAAAUGAGAUCCACAUUACUGGAGACAUAGCGUAUGCACUGCAACAGUACCUGUCAGUGACGUGGGAUACCGAUUUCCUGACGAACCAUCGGGGAUUUGAGUUGGUAAUGGCUGUAGCAGACUUCUGGGCCAACAGAGUUGUAUUUGAUCCAACAAAAAAACUGUAUAUUAUCAACGGGACUGAAGUAGAUCCGGCUCCAGAUACCCGUGACUAUGAGCAGCACAUUACCGGGGACAUUGCGUUUGCUCUUCAGCAAUACAUCGCAUCAACUGGAGAUCAGAAGUUUCUAAAAUCAGAGAAAGGUUUUAAAACGAUACUGAAUAUUGCUGAAUUUUGGAAAUGUCGAGCUGUAUGGAAUGAUACAAGGAAAGCCUAUGUCAUCAAUGAUGUCAUGGGCCCAGAUGAGUACCAGCGAAAUGUCAAUAACUCAGCGUACACUAAUGUAAUAGCCAAGCUCAGUCUGAUGCUGCCGUACUACGCUGAAAGAUACAAAACUAUUGCAGAUAAACUAUAUAUACCGUUUGACAAGGAAAACCAAUAUCAUCCAGAAUAUGAUGGCUAUACCAGAGGAACCAUUGUGAAGCAAGCCGAUGUUAUUCUGUUAGGUUUUCCACUUAUGUACAAUAUGACGAAAGAGAUUCGUAAAAACGAUUUGGCGUACUACGAAAAAUACACUGAUGACCAUGGCCCAGCCAUGACAUGGGGAUUGAUUGCAGUUGGUUGGUUAGAACUAGGAAAUGUUAGUAGAGCAAAUGAUGUCUUCAAUCGUAGCUUUACAAACAUACAAGAGCCGUUCAAGGUAUGGUCCGAAGUAUCUGACGGAACUGGUGCUGUUAAUUUCUGCACAGGGAUGGGAGGUUUUUUGCAGGCUGUCUUAUUUGGAUAUGGUGGCUUUCGUUUGUAUCCAGAUUACUUGGAAUUCAAUCCUGUAUUGCCUCCAGCAACUACAAGAUUCAAUAUCACCGGGAUCGAUUAUCUGGGAUCAUCCUUGGAUUUUGUAAUCCUGAAUGACCUAGUAACUGUCAAUAUGACGGAACAUUCUGUCGGGUAUCCAGAUUUAACAUUAGUGUUCAAGGGACAGAAGACUAUGCUCGAACCAGGUAUUCUGUCAAUAGAACAGGGCAUUAGUCGUGUUGGUGUUAUUGGUGUUACAUUGAUGGCGUUGCUGUCAGGUUUUGGUGCUGUUAACUGUCCUUACACUUACAUGUCGUAUUUUAUGAGACAUGUAUCUGAUGGUGAUAUACAAGCCCAUGAAAGAAAAUUUAUGCAGAUAAUGGAUAUGAUAUUAACAAAGAAAAAAAG